CGUGAGUGGCCGCGCGCUUAUGGGCCCCGUCGUUGCGCGUUCACGCAAUACGCAACCAAGCAAUCGAUCUUCAAAUCAUACGUCGCUAAGCAACCCCCUCAGCCAUGCCAUAGAGAUCAGCGCAGUCGCGCACCUUCUGCGUGACGUGAGCGAUCCUCCUGUUUGUUUGUGUAGCUCGAGGAUGAAAAUGGCGGUGGGGAGAGAUCAACGCGAGAAUUAAACACACAAAUGACCAUUUGACUUAGAUGACAGCAGCACUGCAGCCCCGCAACGGAAUAAGCAAAUACCUCAGCAUCAUCUGAGUGCAUUUGCAAAGGCAAACACCAGAGUUUAACGAAGAAAAAACAGCGCCCUGGAUUUAAAAUAGCUCCUGAAAUUAGCCCGCUAAGUUAACCUCGCUAGCUUAGCCUACACUCAACUGGAAGAUUCAACGACCACCACAAUAACGGAAUAAUUUUCACGGAUUAAGAUGAACUGCGCUUUUUUCGCUUUAUCGCUUAAAUUCAAGUUCAGUCGUGGGCACUGGGCUUGCAAAAAUGUUUGCAUCUGACUGAAUGCAUAACUAAUCGUCCCAUCUGGCAGCAUUAGCCUGCAAACAUCAUUCUACAGACAUCCUAAAGUUCAACAGGCAUCUGGAUUGAACAGGUUACGUCAGGUGUCCGUUUCACCACUGCCUCCCCCGGUGGGAUGGGUCUGAAUGACAGAGAGGGUAUGGCGCCGUAGCAUUGACAUCGCUCCCAUCACUUAAACCCAGUGGACCACAGCCAUAGUGCUCCUCUCAAUGAGGAUCCCUCUGGAGCCCUAGAUCAAGUGUUCAUAUGCUCAAAAUGAGUGCUGCAGGGGAGAAUGCCCUUGACCCCCACACCCCAGAACCAAGGAAGAGGAAGUGCUCACCAUGUGAUACCUCUGGUCCAAGUGUGGAGAAGCGACGCCGGGAGCUGGAAUGCCGCUACAUCGAUGAACUGGCCGAGCUGCUGUCGGCCAACAUGAGCGACAUUGCCAGCCUGAACGUAAAGCCGGACAAAUGCCACAUCCUAAAAAGCACCGUGGACCAGAUCCAGCAGAUUAAACGGCGCGAGCGAGAGAAAGCAGCUCUGAUGUCUCCAGAAAAUGAGGUGCAGAAGAGCGACAUAUCGUCCAGCAGUCAGGGGAUGGUAGAGAAGGAAGCCCUCGGGCCGCUCCUCUUAGAGGCCCUGGAUGGCUUCUUCUUCGUGGUGAACCGUGAGGGCCGCAUCGUGUUUGUGUCUGAGAAUGUCACCGGUUAUCUGGGCUACACCCAGGAAGAGCUGAUGACCUCCAGCGUCUACAGCAUCCUUCACGUGGGAGAUCACAACGAGUUUGUGCGUAACCUGCUGCCCAAAAGCCUUGUAAACGGUGUGCCGUGGCCUCAGGAACAAGGCCGGAGGAACGGGCACACGUUUAACUGCAGGUUGCUGAAAAGGCCUCCGGACGAGGUGGACACUGAAAACCAGGAGGCUCGACAGCAGUACGAGCUUAUGCACUGCUUCACGGUUUCUCAACCCAAAGCAGUACAGGAGGAGGGCGAGGACUUGCAGAGCUGCUUGAUCUGUAUAGCAUGCCGAAUGCCCCGUCUACCGCAGAUCCCUGUCAAUACAGAGUCCUUCAUCACCAGGCAGGACCCUACAGGGAAAAUAAUCUCUAUUGAGACCAGUGCUCUGAGGGCCACAGGGCGACCAGGCUGGGAGGACCUGGUCAGGAAGUGCAUCUACGCAUUCUUCCAGCCUCAGGGCAACGAGCCCUCCCAUGCCAAGAAGCUGCUUCACGAGGUGAUGACCCAUGGCACGGCCAUCAGUCCUCUGUACCAUUUCACACUCAGUGAUGGGACUCCUCUCAGUGCGCAGACGCGCUGCAAAUUCUGCUGCCCCCCAAACCCAGAUGUACAGCCCUUCAUCAUGGGCAUUCACACUAUAGACAGGGAACACAACACUGCUAGCUCUCAGGAAAACACUACCCCCAGCCUUCCGUCUCCUGCUGCCCCACCCUCCCGCUCACCUGCCCUACAGCCCUCCAGUGACCUCAGCCUCCAUCUCAGCAACAGCAACGGCACCUGUGCCACUCCUGGACCCCCCACACCCACUCCGCCGGGUUACCUGACACCCAGCCGCGUCGGGCCAUCUCAGCAGGGCAGCAGCCCGUCUCCACUAGGCAGCCCCCUCACAGCCGCCCCUACCUCAUUCAUGUCACCUCGACCUCCACGGGGCAGCCCGGGCCUGGCAAGCAGCCCUCGGGUACCCGGCCACCCCUUUUCACCCUCGGCACCCGGUAUCCACUCGCCUGUCGGUGGUCUGACCAGGCAGCAGUCCGGCGGCGACGUUGUCAGUUUCUCUCUCCCCUCACCUCUAACCUCUAGACAGACUCCUACCCCCAGCAGCUCUCCGGCACGUCAGCCCCCUGCCAAACCUCCAGAAGCAUGCAUAGACGAGCCUAAGAGUGCUGCUGGGGGCAACCCCAAACUCAACCAGCUCCUGGACGGCAACCCUGAACACGACUCCCAGUCCCGUUCUGGAGCCCAGUGCCCGGCCUCUCACAGCACCCUGACUGAGCGGCACAAGAUUCUGCAUCGCCUGCUCCAGGACAUCAGCCCUGCAGACGUAUCCAAUGAGCCUGAGAUCAAGAAGGAGCCUCCAACAAGUCCUAAUUCGGCUUUGGCGGCAAGGAUGGGAGGCGGGAAAGAGCCGCAGGACCACCAGCUGCUACGUUUCCUGCUGGAUACAGAUGAAAAGGACCUGGAGGACCUGCCACCUCCAGCCGCCCUCAGCCUUCAGACGGUCAAGGUGAAGUCAGAGAAAAAAGGGAGCAGAGAAAAUGUACCAUGUGCAGCUGCUGCAUCUGCAACGACAUGCUCACCUAAAUCCAGUGACAGGCAAAGCCCGCAGUUUCCCAGUACCGAUCUGGAUACUUUAAACCAGCUGUUGCCCACUUUGAGAAGCUCAGCAGGAGGGAAAGCUGUGGAGGAGCCUGCACUCAUCCAGCCCAGUGAAGACAACCUUUCUAUUGGGUUGAGCGUGAAGAAAGAGUCACCGGUAACGUCGAGCCAAGCAUUCCCUGAUGGCUCAAACCUCACACGUCAGUCCUCUUUUGAGUACUGCGACCCCUCCACACCAAACCAGGCCCAGGGUCAGGUACAGGUGGCUGAUCUGGGGCAGACAGACCCAUUUCAGCCAUCUAAGGAAAGCGGCAGUCCCUUUGCCAAUCCAACCAGCCUCAACUCUUUCAAUACCAACACAGGUUUGGCCAAGCUGGAGCUUCCUGAUUCUCAGCAGUUCCCAUCUUUGCCCUUGGUUGAACCCAUGACUUUUGACAGCAGCUUGGGCAACCAGACGCAGGCCCCUCUGUCCUCUCCUCAAGAGCAGUGUGUUCCCUGUCCGCUGGAUGAGAUGCUGUGUCCUCCCACCACUCCCGAGGGCCGUAAUGAUGAGAAGGCCUUGCUGGAGCAGCUGGUCACUUUUUUAAGCCACACCGAUGAGAGCGAGCUGGCCGAGUUGGACCGAGCACUGGGCAUUGACAAGCUUGUUCAAAGUGGAUGCCUCGAACCUGUCACCCCGGCCUUUCCUCUGCCUCAGCUCCCAAACGCUGUACCUAUGGACCCCAAGCUACCCAGCUAUCCCACCCAGUUCCCAUCUUCACCCUCACAGUUUCCUCCCGAGAUGGGCACAACACAGGGCAUGAGCUUCGGGGCCCCAAGAAUGCCGUUUCCUGGCAACGCGGGCAUGGCGGUGCGGCCCGGCAUGAACCGGACUCCCGGUGCGCCCAACCAGCUGCGACUGCCUCCCAACCAGCUGAGACUCCAGCUACAGCAACGUUUGCAAGGUCCACAGCAGCUCCAGAACAGACUCGCCGCCAUGGGCCAGUUCCCACAAGGGGGGCAUGUUGCCAUGGGGAUGCGCCAGGGUAUGCCGCAGCCUCAGAUGCCCUCUCAGCCUCCUCUCAACGCUCAGAUGAUGGCCCAGCGGCAACGGGAGCUCUACAGUUUCCAGCACCGCCAGCGGCAGCUUUUGCAGCAGAAAGUCAUGCUGAUGAGGCAGGGCAUAAACCCUGGACCUCUGGGAGUGCAGCAGGUUCCCAAGGGUCCCCCGCAGCAGCAACCACAACCUCAGCCACAGCAGUUUGGCUAUCCUCCAGGCUACAACGCCAUGCCUGGAAGCACACCUACCUCCCCGAGCCACUUUAACCCCAUAGGGGGACCUCUGGACCCCAAGCUGUCUACCAGGGGUGGCAUGGGCAACCAAGGCAUUAUGGGAGGCAUUCAAGGACAGUUUGGUGGACCUGUGAACACUCCUGUUCAGCAGGGGCUUUUUCAGCAAUUUGGGGGGCCUGGCAUGAUCCAGCAAGGAGAUCCAUCCUUUGCUCCCGAGCUCAGCCCAACCAGCCCUUUGCUUUCACCACAGAACUCCACCUCCCAGAGUCCUUUGCUCCAGCAAGCGCAACCUCCACCUGGUUAUCAGUCACCUGACAUAAAGAACUGGCAGCAAGGCGCUAUGGGCAACAACAGUAUAUUUAACCAGGCUGGCGGCCAGCCUACCUCUCAAAGCUUUGGGCAGCAAGGCGUGUAUAACAACAUGAGUAUCACCGUCUCAAUGGCUGGCGGAUCAGGAGCGGUGAGCUCUCUACCUCCCAUCGGACCAUCUGUCGGCAUGGGCAACAACAACCUUGGCAACGUCACUUCAAUGUGUAAUGAUCAGGUACAGCAGGUUCAGGUGUUUGCUGAUGUCCAAUGCACGGUUAACCUGGUGGGCAGCGACUCCUACCUGAACCAGUCAGGUCCCAUAGGGUCCCAAAAGGGUCCGAGCGGGACCCCCACAUCCCAGUCUCAGCAGAAGAGCCUGCUUCAGCAGCUCCUGACCGAGUGACACCUCAAACACCUGCCAGAGGACCGUAUCCACACAUAGAGAUUUGUAUUCUUCACCUUCGGUUUCUAUACAGUAUAUCUGCAGGGUUGGUGCCUGGGCCCAGGCUUGUGAGAUUUCAUAGGCGUUUGAUGGAGCGCUCAUUCCUGGUCACUUUUUAUAAAGUCUGCUUCCUGAAUGGAGUAAAGAUCACGUUGCAAGAAUUUGCCAAGUCUGUACAAGGACCUGCUGCUUCAGCCGGCUAAACGUCCUAUCAGUCAGGCCACCGUUGCAGUGCUUCUUGGAGAGCGGCACGGCAGCCGAGCUCGGAUUGGUCGGAUUGGAAACCGGGGCGGGCUGUUGCCCUAUUGUUGCUAUUUUCAUGGUAUAUUGCUCAGUUUCAGCUGGAUCUGUGACUGGUAGGCUCUCCCCAGCAGUGCCUGAUUAUGGGAAGUAUUUCCCACCUCUUUAUUUGUUGUUUCGUUGCUUUUUAAUGUCUGUCGCCGUCUUCAGAACAAGCAUCGCCCGGAUGGGAGACUGCUCUGUUGUGCGUAUUUGUAUGCCGCAGGCUUUCCUGGCAAGACUGUUUUGAAACGGCAGAUGAUUUUGUUUAUGUCCUACACAUUUCCCCCCCCAGCAGCUGUGAAUACGAGCCACUUAGGGUCAACUCAGCCUUUCAGUGUUGUUUGCGGCUAUGUGUUGUGCAGGUUGGUAUUAUUGUACAGCAUAAACGGACAAAGUUGAGAUAAACCCACACUUUCAAAAUACAGGCAAUUCACCUUUUAAAAGCAUCAUCAUGAUCAGUUUGCUUUUUUUAAUAAUAGCUUUGAGAAUCUAUCAAUUUUGUUUUUAUUUUAAAAAUUUAUUUUUAAAAUCAAAAAGUGUUACAAACGUAACAAACCUCAAUAUUAUCCGGGGGGUAUUGUGUGCUCUAAGCGUGUAUAUAUGUAUAUGUAUAUGUAU